AUGCUGACAGGAUUAGUAGAUUUAAAUAAUUUAAAAGAAUUGGAGGAACAAUUUCCUAAUAAUGAUGAAGAAAAUGAAGAUGAUGAAGAAGAAGAGAUUAUGGAUGAAUUUCAGAAAAGAAGCUUCCAACAUCCAUCUACUCCCCAAUUAAAUCGCUUCUUCAAAGCCUAUUUUGCCCCAAUAAUUCAAAGACGUUCUAUACGAGAUAUUAAUUUAAUUGAAAGAAAUAGACGAAAAGCUUUUCAACGUACUGGAGGAACAAUACUUUUAGGGAAAAGAAUAGGAGGAGGAGGAGGAAGAAGAUUUUAAAGAAAAAAGAUGCAGAGGGACUGACAAUUUCUAAUCACGAGAACCUCAUUUUAAGAUAUACAUCCCCAAAUAAAUCUCUCAAUUUAAGAUACAUGUUUAAAAAAUUUUUUUUGGUUGAUAUUGAUACACAAAGUG